AUGGGUCGCCCGAAGCGCGAUGUCCGCGCAGCCGCGGAAGAGUCCACGACCCCGCCGGACCAACUGACUGAAACCCAGUCACUCGCCAAAGUGAUCAAGGCGGAAGGCAACAGUCUCUACAGCUGUCUGUUGCCCAACCAGCGCACUGUCCUGGUCGAGCUUGUUGCGCGGUUUCGCAACACCAUUUGGAUCAAGCGCGGCGGAUACGUUCUAGUUGACCUGAUACCUGUCAAGGAGCAAACGGGCAGGGUCGAGGGAGAGAUCGUGAACGUCGUCCGUGAGGAGAAGGAAUGGCGCAAGCAUAAUUACUGGCCGAAGGAGUUCGUUAAGUCCACCUACGAGGACGAUGAUGACGGGAAAUCAACCGUGGGGAAGAUGCCACCAUCAGAUUCGGAGGACGAAGGCUGA